UUUGCUAAAACUUUUAGCCUUUAUUUGUUUUAUUUUCCCCAAGACAAUUAGUCUAUGAAAUAAGCUAAAUCUGAAACAGAAAUUCACUAGUGUAGUGAACUUUGAUGCUUGAUCAUCCCUCCUCCUAGUUCUUGCACACGUAACUCAAGAGUCUUUGCCAGAUUAUGCAAAAACAGAUUCUGCCAGAAAUGGAGAGGACAUGACGGGACAUUUCCAUUCACUGACUCUUAGAGAGACCUCUACACAAGACCUGCUGCCUUCGUAUCAUAAACCCGUGAAACAGCAGAUACACGGCAGUCACAGCUCAACCUCUGCAUCCCGCAGCCAACUCUCUCUCUUUCUCCAAAGACAUCAAAACUAUCCUGUGAUUUCUCCUGAUGCUCUGAACUUCCACUUACUGAUCAAACAGGGAUCACCUCUAAGCUAAACCCAAACCACUUUACUUAUAUGACAAUCUUCUAGAUUCAGCCAUGCUGAGAAGUGAACUUAGGGAUAUGGUGGUUGCAAUGGUGCUUUGGGGCAUCUUGUUGCCCUUUUGUCUCAGCCAGACCACCUCACCAUCUCAGGAUGGGAAAAUAAAGUUUCGUCUGGCCGGAUACCCUCGCAAGCACAAUGAAGGGAGGAUAGAGGUGUUUUACAAUCGAGAGUGGGGCACUAUCUGUGACGACGACUUCACACUGGCCAACGCUCAUGUGCUGUGUCGCCAACUAGGGUUCGUGGAGGCACUAAGCUGGUCCCACAGUGCCAAAUAUGGACCGGGCAGCGGUAAAAUCUGGCUGGAUAAUGUGAUUUGUGGAGGAAGUGAAAACAGCAUUGAGAAAUGUGUGUCCCGUGGCUGGGGGAACAGUGACUGCACGCACCAGGAAGAUGCAGGGGUCAUCUGCAAAGAUGAGAGACUUCCAGGCUUUGCAGAGUCUAACAUCAUCGAGAUGCAGGUGGAUGAAAAGCGUAUGGAGAAGAUUCGUCUGCGCCCGCUUAAAGGUGCUCAUGCCGGUCGUUUGCCUGUGACUGAGGGAGUGGUGGAGGUGAAGUUUAAGGAAGGAUGGGGCCACAUCUGCAACACCGGCUGGACCAUCAAGAACUCUCGUGUGGUGUGUGGCAUGAUGGGAUUCCCUUCGCAGAGAUCUGUGGGAAAGAAACCGAACAGUCUGAAGAGCGCUUACCGUAUCCAUUCAGUGACCUGCUCAGGGAACGAGGCUCAUCUUUCUGCAUGCACGAUGGAGUUCAGCAGGGCCAACUCUAGCGCCCCCUGUCCUGGUGGAGGAGCUGCUGUAGUCAGCUGUGUGCCCGGGCUGCAGUUCACACAGGGUAGAGUACGCAAAGCCAAGCUCAAUCCAGUGCCUCAGAUGCGGCUGAAGGGUGGUGCAAGGGCAGGAGAGGGCCGUGUGGAGGUCCUGAAGGGCAGCGAGUGGGGUACAGUGUGUGACGACCACUGGAACCUGCAGUCUGCCAGUGUGGUGUGCAGAGAGCUGGGCUUCGGUACUGCUAAAGAGGCUCUGACCGGAGCACGAAUGGGCCAGGGUAUGGGUCCCAUCUACAUGAAUGAGGUCCAGUGUGGUGGGGAUGAGAAGAGUCUGUGGGACUGUCCUCAUCAGAGUAUCACUGCUGAAGACUGCAAACACACGGAGGACGCCUCUGUAAUCUGCAACAUUCCCUACAUGGGCUUCGAGAAACUGAUGCGGCUGACUGGGGGUCGGACGCGGUUGGAGGGGAGGGUGGAGCUGCUGCUUCCUGCAGGCGGUGGGGUGAGGGACUGGGGUUUGAUCUGUGGGGACGGAUGGACGUCUCGGGAGGCCAUGGUAGUGUGCAGACAGCUGGGGUUGGGACAUGCCAGCAGUGGCCUGAGAGAAACAUGGUACUGGGACAGCAGUAAUGUGACGGAGAUGGUGAUGAGUGGAGUCAAGUGUAAGGGAGAUGAGAUGACCUUAACCGACUGUCAGCAUCAUUCUGUCGUCAGCUGCAAAAGAGCUGGAGCGCAGUUUUCCGCUGGCGUCAUUUGCUCGGACAUGGCUUCGGAUCUAGUGCUGAAUGCUCCAUUGGUGGAGCAGACUGUCUACAUUGAGGACCGACCCCUUCACUUGCUGUACUGUGCAGCAGAGGAAAACUGCCUCGCCAAAUCAGCUGCUCAAGCCAGCUGGCCAUAUGGCCAUCGGCGCCUGCUACGCUUCUCCUCCGAGAUACACAACAUCGGCAAGGCUGACUUCCGGCCACGACUCGGCCGCCAUUCCUGGGUGUGGCAUGAAUGUCAUAGGCACUAUCAUAGUAUGGAUAUCUUCACCUAUUAUGACCUGCUGUCUCUAAACGGGACCAAAGUGGCAGACGGACAUAAAGCGAGCUUCUGUCUGGAGGACACAGAGUGCCAUGAGGGUGUUUCAAAGCGCUACGAAUGUGCUAACUUCGGAGAGCAGGGCAUCACAGUGGGCUGCUGGGACUUGUACAGACAUGAUAUUGACUGCCAGUGGAUUGACAUCACGGACGUUUCGCCAGGAAACUACAUUCUGCAGGUCAUAAUAAAUCCCAACUUUGAGGUCGCUGAGAGCGACUUCACCAACAACGCCAUGCGGUGCAACUGCAAAUACGACGGCCAUCGUGUCUGGUUGCAUAAAUGUCAUCUCGGUGAUUCUUUCAGUGAGGAGGCCGAGAAAGAGUUUGAACAUUAUCCCGGGCAGCUCAACAACAAGAUCUCAUAACAUUUCCGUGUAUAAACCCCAGGGAACCGCAACAACAGCGUGGCUCUGGACAAAGACCAACUUUAAUCACUUAAUGCUAUUCUUUCUCAUUUGAAUCCACUGCUACCGUGGGCCAAUCACAUGCUGCGUCAUGCGGACUUUACUUUUAGAUUAGAUCAUCAGAAACGAUCACGCAAGCAGAGGACUUCCGACUGAACAGAGCUGUGAUUGUGGCUUGUGUCAAUGCAAAUGAAAAGAGGAAGAUAGUGGCUAUAACACUUCUCUUUUGUAUGAAGCAUGAACACCAUUCAGUCUGAAACACCAGUGGAUUUUAAGACACAUCAAGAAAGUUUUUUUGAGUGUUUACAGGCUGUAAUUUCUAAUGCAAAAAAUCUUCAAUAUAUGUGCAUGUUGAUGCCCAUGAAUGAUUGAUGUCUAUUUUAUGUGUACAUUUGUAUAUUUCUGGAAUGUCCUUCAAUCAUGUUUGUAAAAUAUACAAACCUGCACUUUAAUAAAAAAAAAUAUAUAAAUGCUUUUUACAGCCUACUUUAUAAUCUAAAAUAAAGAAAGAUGAAAACAU